UGUACAUCAUGAAUCAUGAAACAAAGACAAGUCCAGGCUGCGCUGUCGGAGUUGAAGACGAGACACUUGGCAUUGUCAAAUUCAUCAGUUUUGACUCACUUUGUGUCUUGACGAGAGAGUUCCCUCGUUUCGUCUUGACUUGCAGACUGUUGCCUCCAUCUCCUCUUUCCCAAAGCAAAAUAACAAAUCUCAAUCAACCAAUGGCACCAUGGAAGGGAAGGAGAACAAAUGCGACUACAACCAGGACACUUGGUUGAGUCUCUUGGGAUUGUUGCAUCCUACAGAGUUCUUGGUAACAGUGGAUCACUCGCAGUUGUGGCGGAAGCAUGUGGCAUGGAGCAAACCGGAUGGCAAAGAGCUUCGGAACUUUACAACCCAGCGGUUUUCUUCCAAUAUGGUCUUCAUGUCCUUGAUUUUGGCGGCAGAAAUGAAUGUACUGUUCAAUAGCAGCCAGAUCACUACCGAUAUUCGGACCCACAUGAUCAAUGGCAACUACUUUUCCUUGAAACACUGGAUUGGGUUGGUCAUACUCUUGUCGGCUUGCGUGACAGUGAUUGCUUUGGUCAGCACGUUCACAGCCUGGGGGAUGGUCAGUUCCAUUGGAGACAAGAAUGCACAUUGUCUGCUGCGUUCCAGCACUGGCCAGCUGGUGACAAGCUUACCGAGCAACUAUGUCGUUGCAAGUCUGUACCUAUUCCUUGGAUGGCUGGUUCUGUUUAUCAUCGAGUUGACUAAAGGACCAGUGCGAAUUGUGCUUCUGUUGGUCGUCACGUAUCUUUUCUUUCAGACCGUAGUAUCUCUUUCAGCUUUUGGACGGCUCAUCAUUCACACGGGAGCCAUGGGGAGUAGGCCUGUCUUGGACCCUGCGUUGGAGAAGGCGCUGUUGCCCAGUGGAUUGCACGCAUCCCUUCUAAUCAAAGCUACGGACCGAAAAAGAAGACAAACUUGUGUGAUGUCCAUGUAUCGAACUCCAAAAAGAAGGAUAAAAUCCACAGACAGUGCAUCUUGGUCGCUCAGCGGAGAGGGCCUUCGUGUGCGAGGAGACAGCAGAGAUUUGACGCAAGUAAGUUCGCUGUCGAGUAGUAAUAUCUUCACCACAAAGGGUAGCACGAGACGCCGGGAAAGCCAGCGUUCAAGCCCACCCAUUGAUGAUGAAGUUGCAACGGCAUUUCGCAUGUCAAGUGACACAUUUGUUGGCAAGAGUCCUUCUUUCCCGACACCCACCCGUACGUCGACGUGUUCUUCCUCUGCGGGCACGCUCCUACCACCUCUUACUCAGGACGAAGAAGUCGCAAUCAUGGAAGCCAUCCGUUCCAUAGACUCUAACCUUCAGACCCCUCGGUCGGAUUGCAGCAUCUCAUCCUUCAGCAUGAAUGAAAAGGGAAACCUGCUGCCGGACUACGGUCCAGACAACAGCAACCCCAAUCUACUUUACGGUAGCAUCUCCGAGUCCGAGGAUGAUUUUCGUGAAUCCUUUGGAGGCGUCGUAUCCUUACCAAGAGCGUCCGUACUCAACAACAGCGUAAACGGAUGCGACCUCAAGAAGGUGGUCGAAGAUGCGCUCUCCACUACAACUAGCAAGUCAGGCUCUCGAAACCAGGGACAAGGAGAGACUCCUCUACGACGGAAUGGAGGGUCCCGAGCUGCUGCUGUGGAUAAAGUGAGGUUCAGUUUCCGAAGUCGGAGUGGAUCUUCGUCUUCAAAUGAAAGUGCGGGACAACAAACCAGUCGCAGGUCGCUUCUUGGAUCACAAGCUCCAAGUCGCCGGUCACUGCUACACGGCUUUCGGCAGGCGAGUGUGAGAAACUUUAUUCAGGCGGAGUGGAACGAGGAGAAUGACGUCCGGGACAUGUAUGAUAUUGCGCCACCUGCGGAAGUGGUGUUCGAAGAUGAGGAUGAUGUCGAAGAAGACGAUUCGGACGAAGAUAUCGAUAGCAGCGAGGUGGUCAUGCCUCAUCCCAACGUUUUGAAUUCAACUCGGCGCCUGAAGUCCCUCAGGCGACUUGUCAGCAACACAUCCCUCGACGAGGCCUUAGAGUCUGUAGGAUCUACAGAGAAGCGGCGUGAAGCAGUACAUGCGAUUUCAACAAAGAAGCAUCCUCACGACGUCAGCAAAUACGAUAUUGAAAACGCUGUUGGGGGUGAAGAGGACGAGGAUGAUGAUUUGCUGGUGGGAGAAAACAUACACCUUAUGUCGAGCCCUACGAAGGGGGCGUACCGGUAGCUCUGCCUGUUGGGAAUCGAUUUGUAUUUAGUCCUGGGCUAUAGCUCAUUAUUGUUUUGCAACAGUUUCACGGAGUUGGAGUGUGGCACCCUGAAAAUAAGCUCCCUUUGUCGGGCCUUUGGAGCACCUCAAUGCCACCAUUUGCUUGUGAGGAGGCAGGUCGGCACGCACAGACAACUAGAGAGCUGCCAGUGGCUCUUUGUCGUUCCUUGUGUGCAUGGCGUUUCUGAGAUGGUGGCAGGAACGAAUGACCAAGCGGCUAGCUUGAAGCAGACCAAGAAAGUUGGCUGUAGCAGAUAAUGAGUGACAAGUCACUUUGGAAACUAUUUCUUAUGAGGUCAAUGUAUAUAGCUAGCUGGAUAGACUUGCGAUCCGACGCUGACGCCCAAUCUAGCUUAUUACGCUUCCGUCGGCACCGAACUAGGGGCUUCUCCGCUUACGGAUCGGUGAAUUGGACGAGUCUUUUGACUACUAGUGUUUGUUUGUGUCAUUGCUUUCAAGUUGAUCUCGUAGGAGGGCCCGCCCCUGUUCUUCACAGUAAAGCGCCAAAACACUGGAUCUUCUUCAAAGACGGAUACUUGGUAUCUUUUUUCCACUGUUUUGCCAGCAUCGGUAGGGAAAACAUACCAUCCAUCUGGGUUGCCAGAGGAGUCGUUUUGCAGGUAAUAGAACCAGGUGACCCUAUGGUGCUCUGACUGAUUUGAUAUUGGAAAUGCUUCCGUCUUUGCAUUGGUGAAACCACUUUGAACUCGUUGAACUCUUCGGUUCAAGCUAUCAAAAGCCUUGCCCAGUUUAGACAUGUAUAGUUGCGCUUCAGACUCACGAAGCAGCGCCUCCACCUUUGGAGUGUUGUUGCGACCAAACAAAACAGUCUCAGAGAGUAUAUGUAUAGCUUCCUUGUAGCACUUUUUGGCUUCCUGUUUGUCCCCAUUGGAAUAGUAACAGACAGCACUGGAGAGCAAGCAGGUGAAACAAAUGCUGUUGUCUGCCGCAUCUGCAUUCCUGCACAUUUGCAAGACAUCCUGAA